UAUUCGAAAUCUUGUGAUGUAUGUUCGAAAUCUUGUGAUGUAUAUUCGAAAUCUUGUGAUGUAUAUUCUAUAAUCUUGUGAUGUAUGUUCGAAAUCUUGUGAUGUAUAUUCGAAAUCUUGUGAUGUAUGUUCGAUAAUCUUGUGAUGUAUAUUCGAAAUCUUGUGAUGUGUGUUCUACAAUUCAGUGAUGCGUGCAAUAUGACGCAACAGUACUUCAGAAAAGUAAGGACAAUUUUCAUUGGUUAGAAAUAACGAAAGUAGCCGGAGCGACGAUCGACAUCCUGAUGAACACAACUUUGCAAGUGUGAAAUUGGCGAAUUCAACCUAAAGUCAAAAUUAUAGGUAUGCAUGAUCGAUGUAACUUCCUCGAUGGUGUGUUGGCUGUUUGCCCAUGUGUAUUUCGGGGUAUAGGAGUAGCCUCCCCUUUUAAAGAUCCAAAAUGGUGAUUUUACAGUGCAGCAUGCAGUGUGGUCAACAACGGAGAGUUUUGACAACCGUAAUACCCAUAUUUCUACCAUUCACCUCUGUAACAUUUGUUGAGUUCAUCAGACAGUCCAAGACAGGAAGUUGAGGAAUAAAGUUGACAGGACAUCCUGAACUGUCCUUGGUACCAGCUCAUGAGGGAACCAGCCGCAGAGUGGAAAAAGCACGUUACAUCAUAGGAUAAUAGGUAAGUCUCCGGAGUAGUGUUUGUAGCAAUUCUCGUACUUGGUCCUGCAUCGAAGCUUCAGGACUAUUGAUAUUUAUCUCUGCAUGGAUUCUCUUAUGGCUUUGGUUCUUCCCAGAAACAUGUUACUGGUGGUGGUCCCUAUAUUCUUCUGGCUUUUUUGCAUUGAAAUGGAUUCUUGAACCAGAGCCAUGUGAACCUGGUCCACCUGUAACUCUCAUUGAAGACCUGUUAACAUCACCAGAGUAUGUUCAUUCUGAUACCCCUAUGGUAUGGUUACAACGUGCAUUAUCCCUGUCAGAUGAAGCCAUUAAAAGAGCUGCAUUGGAAACAACUGGGCAACGAGACAACCCAAUGUGGUCGAUUGUAAGGAAAUACAGAAUAACAGCUUCCAACUUUGGUGCAGUUCUCAGUUCUAAGCAAUGGCGAUUGACAUUGUCACUGAAAAUACGGCUUAUGUCAGCUUACAAUCUGGAGCCCAUCAAGGCUGUUGCAUGGGGUAUCACUCAUGAGGAUGAUGCUUUGAGAAAGUAUGAAAAGGACUUUGAUGCAGCUAUAGAGCAGUCAGGGAUAUGGUUGCAUGAAUCUGGAGCGUUGGGAGCUUCACCUGAUGGCUUAGUUGUUCGACCACCAACAUGCAGUGUAUUUUAUCAAACUCCAGAAGCCAAAGACGCCAUUCCUGAUAUUGUAGAGGUGAAGUGUCCAUAUACAGCAUCAUCUUCAACAGUAGCAGAUGGGGCACAAAAUUUGAAGGAUUUUUUCAUAGAUCUUAAACAAGAUACCCUGUUCCUGAAAACCAGUCACCCAUACUAUCAUCAAAUUCAAGGCCAGCUACACAUAUUAACAAAACAUGCUGCGACUGAAUUGUGUGGACAAGAGUAGACUGCAUUGUGAUUAGAAUAAUAAAAGACAUUGAAUGGACAGCAAAUGUUUCAAAGCUGAUAGAUUUCUACUUUAAUAUUUUAUGUAUGAUAUGAUAUGUCACAAUCCAUCAUAAAACUUCUGGCUUUUAAGACUAUUUUAAAUAGCAAUGAUGAUUAAUAAAAUCUAUGUACUACAUAAAAAAGAAUAUCAAAAUUUAGAAUCAUUUUAUUAAUGAAUUGAAGAUGUUAUUC